AUGGCGACAUCAUCGCUACUGUUGCUGCUCCUCGGGACCUGCGCCCCCUCCUGCUUGUGUUUCAUCGCGUCAGGGACACAGAGAUACAGCUCGUGUGUACUGAUGCGUCGACAUGCCGCAUGCACUGUCAGAAGCAGAAGGAGCCAUUCUGUAGCUAGUACUUGUCUGCAACUUGAGGCCUCAACCAAGGAUGGAUUCGAUGAUGACGGGAGCAGAAAUCGAUACCAGCAGAUGGAAGAAUUCAACGAAGCAGCCUAUUCCGAACUUAGGACGUUCUCUGCUGUCUCGACAGGAGCUUCUCUAGAUUCGGCCGAUGAGAAGCCGCUACUACCAAACCCUGAGCUCUCUGCUCAACAGAGCAUCGCAGCGGUACUGACAGCCAUGAAGCUCAACAGCAAGACUGGCUGCAGAGUAUAUCUCCGUUUCAUGAGCGAGCAUAACGCGCAGAGCAAUUUGACGCCACAGGAACUCGAAGAUUUCCUGAAGAUGUCGGGAGAGAUGCAAGUACUGCUCGGGAAUUUCCGGUGA